GGGUGACUGUACUUCAUUACUUGAAUGUACAUUUUGGCAAGAAGAUGUAUUCAUCUUUCUGAAACAGUUUUAGGUUUUAGAUAUCUGAUAUAUUAAAUAUAUAUUUUAAAAAAACAUGCUCAUAAGGGACCAAGUGAAAGCUGUGCUGACUCUCAGUAGAUUAGUUAACACAGACAGACAGUGUGAGUAUUGCUUAAUGGCUCCUGCAGGACCAAUGUUGUCAAACUCUCUCCACUAGAAUAUUACAUGCAGUGCCCAAUGCACAAUUUAAUGCAUUCAUGAGUUUAUUCAUUGGUCUGUGGGGUACAUAAGCAGUUAUUGUGGAAACAGUUCAGAAAUCAAGCCAAGCCACAUAUCAAAUCACAGUCUGACAAGAACAUUGACUUAUACCUGCAUCCGCAGAGAGGGUGAUUAUUUUCCUUUGAGAUUGAGCUGACGCAGCAUGAAUGGAUUACUACACUAACGGGCAUGUGGUCUGCUAGCAUUUGCAUUAGUGUUGUGAUCAAUAAAUCCACUAAUGUUUCUUUGUCUCUUUUCCCCUUUCUUUCUAGGUUAUCCAUGACCUCAGAUUUACAGCAUUACAGUUUCAGGAUGCCAAAUAUAGGGUUCCAGAACCUUCCCCUGAAUAUCUACAUCGUGGUCUUCGGGACGGCCAUUUUCGUCUUCAUCCUCAGCCUACUCUUCUGCUGUUACCUGAUUCGGUUACGGCACCAGGCACACAAAGAGCUUUACGCAUACAAGCAGGUUAUUCAGAAGGAAAAGGUCAAAGAAUUAAACUUGCAUGAGAUUUGUGCGGUGUGUUUGGAGGAAUUCAAGCAGAAAGAUGAGCUGGGAAUCUGCCCGUGUAAACAUGCCUUUCACAGAAAGUGCCUUAUUAAAUGGCUGGAGGUGAGGAAGGUAUGCCCGCUGUGCAACAUGCCCGUCUUGCAGCUGGCGCAGCAGCAGAGCAUGUCCGAAUCUGUGCCCCCAACGCAGCAGCCUCUGCCCGGAGUGGAGAACCUGGUGUAGCCCCUCAUUGUUCCUCCUAAAAAUGUGACCACCACUACCUUCACACUCCCUCAUGUACAGGUACACGCUCUCAUCCAAGGACAGAGCGCAGGAUUUGUGCCCGGAGCCACGGUGACCUUUGACCUGCAUAUGUUCAUGUCCUGCCUUGGUGGCUUUACAAAGGAUUAUUAUCUUUUUCCAAAUUACAAUAAUAGAUGAUUUACUCAUCUUAUUUUGGUUUAGCUUUUUUUUUUUUUUUGUCCUGUGGGACAAUGACGAAGAAUUGAGUUUACUUGGCCAAGCCAUGAUUAAAGUAACUGUUCCACACCAAAGCACUUUUUUUAGGACACCAGUGAGAGGCAAAUAAAAGACAAGGACUAAAAAAAUAACAUUAAAAAUACAUAAAAAAAAAAAAAACAGAAACAACUUUUUUAACUAAAGUUUUUUUUAAAA